AUAAUCAAACAAAUACACUAACAAAAAAACUCUAGUUAAUUUUAACAAACUAAAUAAAAAAAAUUAAAGGAAACACCAACAUUUUAAGUUCAAUUUUAAUUGUCUUUCGGUUGAAAAUAUUUUUGACAAAAAUAUACAUUAAUUCAGUGCAAAUUAUAAAAUAUAUUUAUAGUUCUUAGGAUAGAUAAAAAUAUAACGGUUUAUAUGCUAUCGAUCGUGUGAUACUGUACUUUAUUUGCAUCGUGUCUUUUUUUGUGUUUUUUAUUUUCCUGUAUUUUUUUUGCAAAUAUUCGAAGAUUAAAAACUCAAAAACAGUGUCUGAAACGCUAAUUUUCGAAAAGGCCUUUACAGCAUAAAACUCGUUUGGAUUGACGCCAAAUAUCUUAAAACAACAACAUAAACAAUACCUUCCAUCUCAUAAAAUAUUCUCACCACCAAAAACAACAACAACAACAACAACAAGAAAAAAGCUGAAGUUUUCGAAAACUAUUUUGGUGCCGAAACAGCUGUCCUGAGGUCAAGUGGAGGGUGACAACAACAAAAUAAAAUUCUAAAAAACAAAUCUGCACAACAAGCUAAAUAUUUAUUUAAAAUAUUUCGCGCAGUUUUCGCCGGGUCGUCCUACUGCGAAAAACAUUGAAUUUAUUUUUUGUUUUGUCUGUUGAAAAAUAAAAAUAAAAAUAAAUAAAUCGAUUCAACGACACGAAGACGCUAAGAUAUUGUGAAAAAGUAAACAGACGAACUUUUAAUUGCAAAAUUCCCACGUCAUUAACUGACGCGUUAUAGUCUGUUGUGAGUAAGUUUAAAAAUAAACUUCAAAAUAAAACAAGAGAAAAAAAGUAUUUUUAAAAAUUAGAAAUAAAUUUAAAAUAAAAAAAAAACAAAACCACAAGUGCCAAGGGAGUGUUUUGAUUUUUUUAAUUUCCUUUUGUUGGUUUGUUGUUUUGACUUUCAACUAAAGAACAAUUAUAAAAAAAAAUUAAAAAAUUAAAUAAUUUCCUAUCAACACUACCUUUAAAAUAAAAUAGCAAUAAACAAGUGAACCUCUUUUUAAACCACCAUUUACUGAAAUAAAAAUCAAACAAAUUCAUAAAUAUUUAUCGCCAGUCAAUUAAGCAGUAGUUUUGUAGUGCGUUUCGAAUUAAAUUACUAGCUUAAGAAUUGUUAAAUAGGAAUACCUAAUAGUAACCAUCAUCACGUCUUGUUAAAAUCUAACAUUUGUUAAAGCGAACCUAGAAAUAAACAAACAAAGUAUUCAUUCAACUGAAUAACAUCGCAUUACUAUAAUUAUAUUUCAUCGAUUAGAACAAUCGACUCUCGAAAACGUUCAUUUGAUUCUGGUUCCGGUGUGAUUUCAAAUAGUUUGGAUGGUGCCUAAGUGGAAAAGUACAUUUUUUUCGCGCAGUUUUAUUGCGAACAAAUCGAAAAGACGCUCCUUGAAGUUAAUACAGGAUUUAAAACAAAGAAGUUGUCCUCAAAAGAGAAGCUAUUAUUGUUUCGUGCAGUUUCGGGAAGUUGAACAGUCGAAGUGUUAAACUGAGUUUAAGUGCUGUUUCUAUUUUUUGCACUAUUGGAUAUUUCGAACGAAAGGAAAGUCCUGCUGUUUCGUGCAGUUUAGAGAAGUAAAGAAUUUUAUUGAGAAACCUUUGAAUAUACACAUUUCGUGUAGUUACGAGAAAGUGCUAGAAAAUUUGGUGGUAAAAGGAUAUCGAAAGCGAAAAGGCUUAGUUUUCUCAGUUAGAAUUGAAGCAUAAAAUUGUUUCAUCCUGAGGAAUCGCUUCUACAAAAAAUUGUGCCGAAAAAUUUCUUACUUGAUUCUCUUCAAAAUUACACGAAUAAGAACUUUCGGACAAGGUACUUAAUAUUGCUGAAAUUCCCUGAGGUAAAUUACAAACUUAUAUCUUUAUAGAAAUUUCUACAAAAAUAAAACUCUACAACUUUAUACAAAUUUCGUGCUCUUCGGAGAAGAUCCAAUCCAAUUUUUCUAAAGCUCAACUUAGAUCAACUUAAAUUUCAUCAGCGAAUUAAUUUUUCGUGCUCAUUCUAUUUAAAAAAAAAAUUCUAUCAUUGUGAAAACAAAAAUACAAAAGUAAAAUUUGCUGAAAACGAAAGGAGACAAAAAAUUGUGUUCAAUUCUACAACAACAACAAAACACUCUAGAAAUAAACUCACCACAUUAUAUACGUAUAUUGAUAAUACCCACCACAAAACAUCUAGACAAAAACGUAAAUUAGUUUUAAAAAAUAUAUAUCUACAAAAAUGGUUGUCAUUGGUGAUUCAAAUAAAAAUGCCGCCAAUCAAAAUGGCGGCGUUCAUCCGGAAAAGAUGAAAAUGCUCAAACAAGAGCUUUUCCCGGAGGUGACUUUCUGUAAUGUCUCGGAACGUUCGAAUAGUGUUGUGACGAUAAAUGGUGAGAAGGAGACUUUGAAGAAACGCACACGUCUGAUAUCGAAUGAAUCUGGUGAUUCGAUAGAAUCUUCAACGUCGUCGGAUAAGAAGAAGCCCGAAAUUCCCGAUGGUGGAUUUGGAUGGGUUGUUGUGUUUGCUUCACUUAUGGUAUCGAUGAUUGCUGAUGGAAUAUCAUUUUCCUUUGGUUUGAUCUACACCGAGUUGCUGGCACACUUUCAUGAGAGUAAGGCGAAGACUGCAUGGAUUGGUUCGUUGUUCCUGGCAGUUCCGCUGCUCGUCGGACCGGUGAUGUCGAAUUUGGUGGAUAAAUAUGGCUGCCGUAAAAUGACAAUAAUCGGAGGUUUACUGUCUUCGUUUGGCUUUGCGUUGUCGGCUUUUGGUACUUCGGUCGAGAUGUUGUACUUAAGUUUUGGAAUUGUCUCAGGUUUGGGCUUGGGCAUUGGCUAUGUUACGGCUGUGGUAUCGAUUGCCUUCUGGUUUGACAAGAAGAGAACCUUUGCUACAUCAGUUGGGGCAUCUGGAACUGGUAUCGGAACGUUUCUCUAUGCUCCAUUCACCCAGUGGCUAAUUGACUAUUAUGGAUGGCGUGGGGCGACCUUGAUCCUUGCCGGCACAAUGCUUAACACUUGUGUGUUUGGGGCGCUUAUGCGAGAUCCGGAUUGGUUGAUCGAGGAGAAUCGGUUGGAAAGUCGUUCGCAGAGUGUAACGACUUUUUCGAACUCUAGUGUAUGUCUGGAAGAAAUUAAGAAGCUUCUGGAGACCGGCAUUACCAAAGAGGCGGUUUUGGACACUCUAGUGACGAACUACAAUACCGAAGCGAAUCAGCAAAUUGGUGAUCCGAAUGCGAACGGCCUCAAAAAGUAUCGAAGUGAAUUAUUCUUGCCAACUUAUCUGGGCUCACAGGAGUUGGAUUGCAUUUAUGAAGUGAAAAGUCUCAGUCGCAGAUCUCUUCGGCAGAAAGUCGGUGCUGAAGCUCCAUCAAGGGAGAAUCUUCUUUCGAUGUCCUCGGCGGGAAAUCCAACUGUGGCUGCAGGCGGUGGUGCCAAUAAUGAUCGGGACAAGAAGCCUUAUUUGGCCAGCAUGGAAACCCUGUCACCGUCAGAGAAAAUUUCCAACUUCUCCCUCCAUUCUCGAGACAGCUCAACCGACGAGGGAUAUUUGACCCAAAAACAAGCCAAGGACCAAGAGCGGUUUGCCAGUAGUCGCUAUUCACUCAACGAGAACAUAUUCGCUGCGAACCCUAACAAUUCCAUGGCAAACAUUCGAAACAAUUUCCAACAUCGUCACAAUUCGCUGGAUAUUCUGAACGAUGACAUGGUACAUGGUUAUUCGAUGUCGACUCGAGACGAAUCGACGGCCCUGAUUGAGGCAAAUGUGAAUAAACUAAACGGAACUGUUAUUGCAAUUCCUGAAAAUGAUAUUCCUGCCUUUAAUAGAAAUGGCAUCACCGGUCUGCGGAGGUUAUCGAAGACGAAAAAAUUCAAUCGAUCUAAUUUGCGUCGCAAUGUUUCGAUAAGGAACUCGAAUUUCCUCAAGGAUAUGCGGAUUCAUCGUAAUUCGAUACAUUAUCGUGGUGCUCUAUUGAAUACACAUCGCUAUAGGCUGAGGGCGUCAUCGUGUCCGAAUAUCUACAGGAAUUCAAUGACUACAAUUGCCAAGGAAGUCGAAGAUACAUGGUAUGAGAGUUUCGUUGAUGUGAUGAAAUCAGCUUUUGAUUUUUCCUUAUUUUUGGAUUUGAAAUUUUCAAUUUUCAACUUAUCAACUUUGUUGCUAUUCAUUUGGUUCAUAAUUCCCUAUUUCUAUAUUGUUGAACAUAUGAAGUCAUAUAACUAUACGGAAGAAGAUAGUGCUCAUUUGAUUUCGAUUAUUGGUAUAUUUAAUACAAUUGGUAUGAUAGUACUUGGUUUCAUAGGCGAUCGUCCAUGGCUAAAUGUGAACAUAUGUUAUGCCGUCUGUAUGGUUUUGUGCGGGAUCUCAGUUGCCUUAAUUCCAAUAUUUGUUGAAAGUUAUAUAUCACUGGUUGGACUUUGCAUGCUAUUUGGUUUGACUUUUGCGAGUUCAUUUUCGUUUACACCCAGUAUUUUGGUGAGUCUGGUGGAUUUGGAUGAUUUUACAUGUGCAUAUGGUUUGGUGUUAUUGGUGCAAGGUCUUGGAAUAAUUGUUGGUCCACCAUUGGCUGGUUUCAUCUACGAAGUUACACUAAGAUGGGAUGAUUCUUUCUAUGCCUCUGGAUUCUUCAUAGCUUUAUCCGGAUUUCUUGCCUAUUUGAUUGAAUUUUUCGAAAGAAGAGAAAAGCGUCUCAAAGGAAGUGAUAGUGAUUCUUAGGAGCACAAAGGCAGUCUAUAUAUAUUUUUUUAAGUAUCCAUAUAUUAUAAAAUUAGGCUUAUCUUUUCAUUAUUUUGUCUAUAAAAUAUAAUUUUCGUUGUCCAAUUAGAACAAAAAUAUAUAAUUAUAAAUAAUUACUU